CUUCCGGUGCGGGCAGCGCGCGGGCGCAGAGGUGGGAGGCGGCGACGAGCCGGUCGAGGAGGCCUCGGGCUCGGCCUCACCACGAUGUGGCACGAGGCUCGGAAGCAUGAGCGGAAGCUUCGAGGCAUGAUGGUGGACUACAAGAAGAGGGCAGAGCGGAGGCGGGAGUACUACGAAAAGAUCAAGAAGGACCCGGCCCAGUUCCUGCAGGUGCACGGCCGAGCUUGCAAGGUGCACCUGGACUCCGCAGUCGCCCUGGCCGCCGAGAGCCCUGUUAACAUGAUGCCCUGGCAGGGGGACACCAACAACAUGAUCGACCGCUUCGACGUCCGCGCCCACCUGGACCACAUCCCUGACUACACCCCGCCGCUGCUCACCACCAUCUCCCCGGAACAGGAGUCGGACGAACGGAAAUGUAACUACGAGCGCUACCGCGGCCUGGUGCAGAACGACUUCGCUGGCAUCUCUGAGGAGCAGUGCCUGUACCAGAUCUACAUCGACGAGCUGUACGGAGGCCUCCAGAGACCCAGCGAGGACGAGAAGAAGAAGCUGGCGGAGAAGAAGGCAUCCAUUGGCUACACGUAUGAGGACAGCACGGUGGCCGAGGUAGAGAAGGCAGCGGAGAAGCCAGAGGAGGAGGAGUCACCGGCCGAGGAGGAGAGCAACUCGGACGAAGAUGAGGUCAUCCCCGACAUCGACGUGGAGGUGGACGUGGACGAACUGAACCAGGAGCAGGUGGCCGACCUCAACAAACAGGCCACGACCUAUGGCAUGGCCGACGGCGACUUCGUCAGGAUGCUCCGGAAAGACAAGGAGGAGGCGGAAGCCAUCAAACACGCCAAGGCCCUGGAGGAGGAGAAGGCCAUGUACUCGGGCCGGCGCUCCCGGCGCCAGCGGAGGGAGUUCCGGGAGAAGCGGCUGAGGGGCCGCAAGAUCAGCCCACCCAGCUACGCCCGCCGAGACAGCCCCACCUACGACCCCUAUAAGCGGUCACCCUCGGAGUCCAGCUCUGAGUCCCGCUCCCGCUCCCGCUCCCCCACCCCGGGCCGCGAGGAGAAGAUCACCUUCAUCACCAGUUUUGGGGGCAGCGACGAGGAGGCCGCCGCAGCUGCGGCUGCAGCAGCCGCAUCAGGGGCCGCCCCAGGGAAGCCCCCCGCACCCCCCCAGCCCGGCGGCCCCGCACCGGGACGCAAUGCCGGCGCCCGCCGCCGCUCCUCCUCUUCCUCCUCCUCCUCCUCCUCCGCCUCGAGGACCUCCAGCUCGCGCUCCAGUUCCCGCUCCAGCUCCCGCUCGCGCCGUGGCGGGGGCUACUACCGCUCUGGCCGCCACGCCCGCUCCCGCUCACGCUCCUGGUCCCGCUCCCGCUCCCGCUCCCGGCGCUAUUCCCGGUCCCGCAGCCGUGGCCGGCGGCACUCCGCUGGGGGCUCCCGGGAUGGACACCGCUACUCCCGCUCGCCCGCCCGGCGGGGGGGGUACGGGCCCCGGCGCAGAAGCAGGAGCCGCUCCCGCUCAGGGGACCGGUACCGGCGGGGCGGCCGUGGCCCCCGGCACCACAGCAGCAGCCGCAGCCGCAGCAGCUGGUCCCUCAGCCCGUCUCGUAGUCGCAGCCUGACUCGGAGCCGCAGCCCCAGCCAGAGCCGCAGCCGCAGCCAGAGCCGCAGCCGCAGCCGCAGCCAGAGUCACUCGCCAUCACCCCCAAGGGAGAAGCCGACCAGGCCGGCGGCGUCCCCUGCUGUGGGCGAGAAGCUGAAAAAGACCGAACCUGCCGCUGGUAAAGAGACAGGAGCUGCCAAAGUCAGUAAGAAUUUGGAACUCGCCCGUCUAACUCCCGCCAGCAGCAGUGCCCGAGAGCUGGGCCCGGUGGGCCUGCGGGGGCCGGGCGGGCCGGGAGACCCAGCCCCGGGCGUCGGGGGGCUGGGAGGGCUCUGCCCCCGUGAGAUCCGUGUCCCCCUCCCCUCCUCAUUCCGCCGGGGCUCCGGCUGUCCCUGGGCCUCCCAGCCCCCUGUGGCAGGUGUCCACCGCCUGCCCCUCCUUCCACGUUCCCCCGCAAGUCCCAGGCUCUUGGACGAGGUGGGUCGUGGGAGCUCCGGGACACCCACCCGCUCUCCCGCCUCUUCUCCCCCUUCCCCAGCCCAAGCUGACGCCGCAGGAGAAGCUGAAGCUGAGGAUGCAGAAGGCGCUGAACAGGCAGUUCAAGGCGGAUAAGAAGGCGGCGCAGGAGAAGAUGAUACAGCAGGAGCAUGAGCGCCAGGAGCGGGAAGACGAGCUUCGCGCCAUGGCCCGCAAGAUCCGGAUGAAGUAAGACCGUCCCCUGCUCGCUCCCUGUAUCGGGCCACAGCCGCCUGUUUCAGGGCUGCCCGCCGCUCAUGGCCCAGCUCCUAGUUAGAGCCUGCCCGAGUGUGGGUGGAUGCAAGCAAAGCCUUGUGUCCCUGUGCCUGUCCCUCAGCCUGCCUCAUCCCUCACCCCCGGCUCCUCUAGCCACUGCGACCUCCACCGCUCCUGCAGCCUCUGGCGUGCGUUGCCUUUGCUGUUCUCCUGGCCCAGCACGCUCUUCCCGGGACCCACCAGGCCACUCCCUCGCUUCAUUGGGAGGCCCUCCCUGGCCUUCUUGUCUAGAGAAGCGUGCCGAACAAACGCUCCCUUCUCCAGCCCCGUUCCGCUGUCAUCAUGGCACUGACACCACCCCCCCCCAGCAGCUGGCCUUGUCUGUUGUUUACUCAUUCACCGUUAGCGUCCCCACUGAGCCGGCAGGGCUGGCUGCUGGCCGCCCGCUCGCCGUGUGCUGAGCCCAGGGAACGCUGAGGCGGUGCCCCGUGAAUGUUGUGGAGCGACUGAACUUGCACAGCCGCUGGCGGGCUCUGGCUCAGCACCGGGGGCAGGGCUUCCCUCUGCUCCCCUCUGCUUCUCUUCCCCUCUCACUCUCCAGAGCAGAGUGGCUCGGAGCCUGGUCACAUGGACUUGGGGUCCCAGGCCAGCUCUGCCCUUCUCUGUGUGGCUCUGGAGCAGGCACUGGCCCUCUCGGUGCCAACCUCACGGGGUAGCUUGGGGAUUAGUGCCUUUGGGGCCUCAGCCCACCCGGGGCCCGUGGGCGGGCCUGGAGUCCAUGGUCCCCACUGUUGGCAAGGAGGGGAGUCUGGCAGUGACCAGGCCAUGUCGCCUGUUACUCAUUUCUGGUUCCACCCUGUACUUGUGGGUCCUUGGACAAGCAGCUUAACCUCUCCGAAUCGGGACUCCUUCCUCUGUGAGACAGAGGUAAUAAGGCGCCCGCCUCUGCGGGAUCCUGCUGUAAGGCUCCCAGCGGGGGCCUGGCGUCCGGAUGCGGGAAGCUUGAUCAGCUAGCGCUGCUGCUGGUAGUUGCUGCUAUUUAUUGCCCCGUGCUUCCACCAGGAGACGGAGGCGGAGUGCCCGGGGACUCCGCGUGGCUGUCAGUCUGACCGGCUCUGGUGCCGCCUCUGGCCCCCCAGCGGUGGGCCUUUCUUCUGCCUGAGCCUCACGUUGCACAUCUGCUCCAUGGGACACAACACUGUCCCACCUCACAGGCUCACUGGGAGCAUUCGGCGAGAUCAGGGCUGGCACGGAGCAGGCGCCCCAUAAACCUUGCUCUUGGGGUAGCAAAUAGGGUCAUUGUGACGAAGGCCAAUUAAGCCCUUAGCGUGUAAGUCCUUGUGCUCUAGUGUGUCAGGAAGCGAGUGAGCCGGCCAGCACCCUCUCUGCGCCCCGUGCCCUCCCUUCCAGGGUGGCCGGCAGCAACACCGCCCCGUGGUCUGCUCUGCUCUCCCCCGGGGCCUAGAGCUGAGGCUCCCCCUCACCCCCAC